GACUUUGGGGCCAUGGCUUGAUGGACGAUUUCGACUUCGUGGUGGGCCGCCUGCUGGACCCCUUCCGCCUGGAGGACGGCGCCACGGCGCACGUGGCGCGCUUGGACGAUGGGGCCUUCGUGGGCUCCUCAGGGCGUCAUGUGCGUGAGCUGCUGGAUGCCAUGGGAGAGGGAUCAAGGCGUGCGCAGGGCCUUGGAAAGGCGGUCACUGCAGGCUGGCAGCCGCUGAGCUCCAAUCGGAUCUACGUCUUGUACAACCACCGGCUGGCCCUGGGGAUUCUGAAGGUGGGGCCCAAGCGACUCUUCGUCUCGCGAGGGGAAAAGGAAGGUUUGGUGGAGAUCUCUCCGUUGUGCUGUCUGGAUUUCUACGUGGUCGAGGGCCAUCAGCGCGGUGGCUAUGGGCGGCAGCUCUUUGACUCCAUGCUGCGCAGCGAGGGCGUCGAGCCGCAGAGCUUGGGCUACGACCGGCCCUCGCCCAAGCUGAUUGGCUUUCUGAGGAAACACUUUGGCCUGGUCCAGUACCAGCCGCAAGCCAACCACUUCGUAGUCUUCGACAAGUAUUGGUCCAGUACUUCCAGUCGCAGGCCCUCAGGUUCAACCUGGGGUCAGAGGAUCCAACCGACUCCAAGCCAGCACUGCGCCCAAGUGUGGCCGGUGAAACUGCCGGCACCGGUGCCAUAUCGCCUGGGAGCUGAGGAUUUUCCGAUGAAAACUUCAGCUCCGGCCUCCAUGGCUUCGCUGGCAAGGCGCCCGCAGGCAGCGCCUGGGCGACGCUCCUUCCAACGCGCCGGCAGCGCCAUUGCGUCGAACUCCUCGUUGUCGCUGGUGGCUGCCAUGGCACAAGGGAGGUUGUGAGGAAUCCAAAAGUUGGACGCUGUUGGCUGUGAACACCCACCCUUUUUCCUUGCUUUUCC